AUGGCCGCGACAGCAGACCCCACCCAGCGGCGGCGGCGCGGCGGCGGGCCUCUGCCGGCCGUGGACCUCCGCAGACACCUGUGCGCAGCCGCGGCUGCGGUGCUGCUGCUAGCCCAGCUGGCAACGGCAGCUUGUGAGUCAGGGCGCAGAAAGACGGCCACUGCUCCAAGGGCAGGGGACGAGCCGUUCUGCCUGCAGGAGUGCAUCAGCGGAGAAAUGUCAGCCGAGGGCUUCGACGCCACCUGGGUAGGAGAAAGCAAGCUGUUCCACGCAAAGGAUGGCCAGAUGGUUGUCACGGACAUCAACACCAACGAAAGCACGGUCGUGGUGCCCACAGAGAUUCUGCAGCAGUACCAGCCAGAGCUGAUGUCGCUGUCUGCUGACGAGCGGUACGUGCUGCUGGGCUACAACGUGAGAAAGGUAUACCGUCACUCCUCAGAGGCCAAUUAUACCAUCUACAGCGUUCAGGAAAACACUACGUACGAAAUCUGUGAGGACGGCAUGCAGCUAGCCAAAUGGGCGCCGGUGGGCAACGCGAUGGCGUUCGUCUACCAGAACAACCUCUUCUACCUGCGUCAGCCGGGAGACAAGCCGACGGCGAUCACAGCGGACGGCGUGCCGGGAACAGUCUACAACGGCGCCGCGGACUGGGUGUACGAAGAGGAAGUGCUGGCCUCAGACUCGGCGCUGUGGUGGUCUCCAGACGGAUCGCGGGUGGCGUUCGCCCACUUUGACGACUCCAGGGUGCACAACGCCAGCUACAUGCACUACGGCCACCCGGGCAGGAUGGAGGACCAGUACUCGCAGGUCGUCACCCUCCGCUACCCCAAGGCUGGAACGACAAACCCGACGGUCCAGCUGAAAGUGGCCGUGGUCGACGGUGGGACGACCAGGGCAAGAAUGCGCAGUGGCAAGGGAAACCGCACAAGUGCGCAAGCGCGGGUUCGGGCGGGCACCAUCAUGGUACUACCCGCUCCCACCGACGUCGUAUCAGAGGACCUCAUCCUUUACGCUGUCACCUGGGCGAGCCCUGACACACUUCUGGCUUCGUGGGCAAACCGUGUGGGCAACGUGGUGCAGUUCGUGAGCUACAACACAAGCUCUGGCGGCAUAGAUAGGGGCCUCAAGGAGACACGCCCAGACGGCUGGAUCGAGGUGACGCCGGCUCACUUCAGAGCGGGCAAUGAGAGCUCGUUCGUGACGAUAGCCUGGGAGGAACAGGCAGACGACGAGGAAGAGGCCAGCUUCCCACAGGUGGUGGCAGUCACUAACGGCACCAAGAAGCCCCUUACCUCGGGCCGCAUCACCGUCACCAAGAUCUACGGCUGGGAUCCCAAAGGAUACGUGUGGUUCCAGGCGACGGAGGCGCUGGAGCCGACGACGGCGGCGGCGGCAUCCCCCAGCCCGUCCCGCCGGCAGGUGUUCGCCGUGAGGGAGGGCGCCGCCGCCGAGUGCGUCAGCUGCCGGCUGACCACCGCCGAGGGACAGCCCUGCCGCUACGCGUCCGCCUCCUUCAGCACCGACUACAGCUGGAUGGCGCUCUCCUGCUCGGGGCCCAUGGACCCACCACUCGUCACCCUCUUCACCACGGCCGACCAGCUGGGUCUCACGGGAUGGAGCCCACACAGAGGAGACUUAAGUGGCCGGCGACCACCAUCCAAGUGUGCGAUCGCCGCCCGUCGCCGAAAACUGCUCGAAAGGGCGAGGAGCACCAGGGCCAGGCAGCUGGUGUGGACGGACAACGCGGAUCUGCGCCAGAAGCUGGCGUCCAAGGCGAAGCCUCAGGUGGUGGACACGUGGGUGGAGGUGGCCGGCGGCGCCAAGGCGCAGGUGCGGAUGUUGCUGCCGCCAGACAUGGACACGUCCGGCGCGGAGCAGCGGCCAGCGCUCGUGCACGUGUACGCCGGUCCAGGAUCACAGCAGAUCAGCGACUCGUUUACGAUUGGCUUCCAGCAUUACAUGGUCACCUAUCGGCGCUACAUAUACAUCUACAUAGACGGCCGCGGAUCCAACUGCAAGGGCGACCAUAUCCUCUUCUCCGUCAACCGCCAUCUCGGUGACCUAGAAAUCCAGGACCAGAUCAACGUCACCAGGCAACUGAAGCAGAAGUACCCGUACAUCGACGGAUCGCGCACAGCUAUCUGGGGCUGGAGCUACGGCGGCUACGCCACUGCCAUGACGUUGGCGAAGGACAACGACAGUGUCUUCAGAUGCGGCGUCUCCGUAGCUCCCGUCAGCAGCUGGAUAUACUAUGACUCCAUCUACACGGAGCGCUACAUGGGGCUGCCCACGCCGCAGGACAACGAGGCCGGCUACAACGGCAGCGACGUGACGCGCCUGGCGGGGCAGUUCACCAACAAGACGUACUUCCUGAUCCACGGCACGGCGGACGACAACGUCCACUACCAGCACUCCAUGAUGCUGGCGCGAGCCCUCGAGGACGCGGGCGUUCUCUUCAGGCAGCAGAGCUACCCCGACCAGGACCACAGCAUGGGAAGCCUGAUUGAGCACCUGUAUUCUUCCCUGGACGAGUUCCUGCUACAGUGCUUCAACGAGGACAGCCAGUCCGUCUCUUCAGCGACUCGCAUCAGUGGUGGUCUGUUGGCCGCGAGGAAGUACGUACUGUAGGGGGCGCGUCAGCACCGGUCCAGCUGCUGACAGUGCUGCCAACUGCGGAAGGCGCCACGCGAGAGCAGUGAUACAACAACCACCUUUGAACCAUUUAGAGAAGUCUUAAAAUUACAAUUAUUUUUGUAUCUAAAUGAAGUCACAAACUUUUAUUUCCACGUGUGCAGUCCCAAAGCAAGAAGGUAUAUAAAGUAUCCGAAGUUUCUACGUUUUUGAUGGUUUUGGUGCCUUUCUAAGAGACUGUAUAAUUCUGUAGAAAGUUUUGUAGUCCUCCAUACAAAAAAUUAGUCUCGCAUGUGAUUGACUUUGAUACAAUUGCGUACUUAAUGGCAGCGGAUGAGCUGUGUCCUAUCUCAGAGCUUGCUUUAAUUCAAAACUAAAAGUGUUACAACAAAUCCACUGUUAAACUGUGCACAUAUUAUAUAACAGUCACUCUUAUUCAUCAUUUGUAACCUCUAGCGUAAAACUGCCAAAGCUAUGCAGUUAGUCCAUGUUUAAAUGCAAUCCCAUACUAUUGUUUCUCGAUCUCAUGAUUUGCUAUCAUUAAGAGCUCAUUACUGAAAGCCAACAUGAAAUAAUUUCAAUACGAUUCUUUUCUCAAGCAAUGUUCGUCACUAGUGCUAAUUUUGAAUAUGUAAUGCCCACCAUGGGGCUGGUAAAAUUAAACAAUAAUAAAUAUUGUUUAUAUGAAGUUUUCCAGCCACAGCAGUUCCUACUCAACACCUCGUUAUUCGCAUGUCCAAAAAAAAUCUUUGUUGCGUACUAACACUAGAGGUGCACCAAAAGUCGGUAAAAAUGAGAAAACUUAGGGGGAAACAGAUUGUAGUCAUUCCUUCACUCAUAAAAAGGUCAUUGUGUACUUCAUGUACUUACAUUGAAUAGACUGUGUAGUUACUUGAUAUUAGCUUAUGGCUGUAAAAGCUUUGGUUAAUAUUUUCAGAUGAGUUUAAGAAAUAUGUAUAAAUACAUAUGUUUGUGAUAUAAUUUUACUGUUUUAUUUUGAAUAGG